UCGGGAAUCCAUGCGUGUUUUGUAGGUUAAAUUGUGAAUUCUUGUGGUUUUCUGUGCAGUGCGAUUUUUUUUGGACGAUCUUCACAAAAAAAUAGCUCUCAGAUGGGUUUUAUUACUUAUUUGAAUUCUAAUCAAAGUGGCUGCAAAAAAAGCCUGUGUCGUGAUUCAGACUCAUCACUGUCGAGUGAAGAACCAAAGUGAAGAACUUCUGUAGUGAUAACAAAGAUAAUAUUCAGUGUUAUCAGCUAAUAUUUAAGUGCAAAAGUUGUGAGAGAUCAUCUGGAGAGUCCAUCAUAUUUGCUAUGACAAUUACUGAAUAUGUGGCGACUUUGGGUGACAACCCAUAUUUUGGAGCAGGUGCUGGACUCUUUGGAAUCGGUGCAGUAACUGCUAUUGCACGCAAAGGAUGGCAGGGUGCUCUUAUAUUGUUCAGGAGACACUAUAUGAUGACUUUAGAAGUACCAUGUCGUGAUAAGAGUUAUCACUGGCUUCUGGAAUGGAUCACAGCAAAAGGCGCUAAGAAAACGCAGCAUCUCAGCGUUCAAACAACCUUUCAACAACACGACUCUGGGCGAAUCAAAACUAACUAUGACUUCAUUCCCAGCACAGGAACUCACUUUUUCAAUUAUAAAGGGAGCUGGAUUAGAGUUGAAAGAGUCCGAGAACAACACACCCUUGAUAUCCAUGCAGGUAUACCUUGGGAAUCCGUCACUUUGACUGCCUUUGGAAGGAACAAAGCCUUAUUCUACGGUAUUUUAGAGGAGGCAAGACAUAUUGCCCUCGAAAAGCAAGAGGGACAAACUAUAGUUUACACAGCUGUGGGCCCAGAGUGGCGUCAGUUCGGCCACCCUCGCAAAAGGAGACCCAUUACCUCUGUGGUCCUCGAUGAAGGGGUCUCCGAGAGGAUUGUUAGUGAUGUCAAAGAGUUCAUCAGCAACUCUGAAUGGUACAGCCAAAGAGGAGUGCCAUACCGCAGAGGGUACUUAUUAUAUGGUCCACCUGGUUGUGGAAAGUCAUCUUUCAUCACAGCGUUAGCUGGUGAACUUGAGUACGGAAUCUGCGUCUUGAAUCUAAGUGAUCGCAGUCUCUCUGAUGACAGACUUGGCCAUCUUUUAUGCACAACACCAGAAAAUUGUAUCAUACUUUUAGAAGAUAUUGAUGCUGCCUUUGUCAGCAGGUCAGAAUCAAAACAAACAGCAACUGCAUUUGAGGGACUGAAUAGGGUCACACUCAGUGGCCUCCUGAAUUGUUUGGAUGGAGUGAUUUCCGCUGAGGCAAGGAUUUUAUUUAUGACUACAAAUUACUUGGACCGGUUAGACUCGGCUCUGAUCAGACCUGGUCGUGUAGAUCUCAAAGAAUUUGUUGGAAAUUGUUCUCGUAGUCAGCUGGUUAAGAUGUACAAGAACUUCUUUGGCCCACUUGAUGAUGAAAACGCUAAUUUAUUUGCUGAGGCUGUCCUGAAACUUAACAAGGUUGUCAGUCCAGCUCAAAUUCAAGGAUAUUUUAUGCUACAUAAAUCUGAAACCCCUAGUCAAAUAGUCGAAAAUGUACCAAAAAUAUGGGAAGAGAACCGGUAGUAGCAAUUUAAUCAUUGAUUUUUUAAAGAAAAUAAAACAACAUUCAACAUGAGACUUCAAUGAGAUAUUUUACAACAAGAUACACUUGCUGUAAUUGAGUGAAAGCAUCUUCAAUAAUAGUUUUCUAGAACUGUUUGAAAUUUUUGAGGAUCACUUCAAAACAUACAUCAUCAAGAGGUGCCUCUGUUGUCUUAUAAGGGCGGUGGAACUCCCAAACAACGUACAUUGGUUAGCGACAUUGCAGACCUGUCAUACUUUAUUUUUUAAAUGGAAAACUACUCUUAAGUCAAUGUUUAGAAGUUUCGUGAUUUUUCUUUGCUGUGCAAAAAAAAUUCUGUGAAAACCUCAAGGAAUGAUGUCAUUUUUUUUUCUCAUUCAAAGGCACAAAAUGGGAGCAGAGUUUUACAACCCUCAAAUGAGAUGCAUGGUAUAAGAGGUUCCCGGUCACAAAUCUUGUUAUAGGCAGAGCUGAUUCACAGAGAAAGAAUAAAAGACUAUAGCAAGUUAGCUUGCAAUGCCCCUGCGCACAACUUUGAUAUUCAGUAAACAUUAAAGUAGUGUAACAAAAUUUUACCUGAUAUAACUUGUAAAUUUUGCAGUAACGACGACACCAUAGAAAAAAUUUGUUACCACAAAAUUGCGUAAAACCACAAUGCAUAGAAUACCAAAAAAUUCUGCGCAGACUAAAUUUCAAGAUUUUUUUAACCUGAUGUCCCUUACCAAUUAAGAUGAGCUCUUAAAAUGAAACUUUGAUUGUGCCAAUCUCGAAAAAAGCGGGUAGGAAAAGUCAUCAAGUGGGAAAAUGUAAAUGAUUGAGGAGCUACGUCAACUCAGUUCAAAUAAAUACUCCGUGCUUCGACUCAGCAACAGUGCCACUUCUCCGUAAAUCACAUGAUAAAUUGGUGAAAAACGCGUGUUUCAGGCUCAAUUUUCUCAAGAUUGGCCCCUAGACUGUUUGAUUUUUCAAGCUCAUCUCACUCAGAAGAUUCUAUGGAACAGCACAUAAAAAAACUCGAAAUUUAAUCAUUGCCGAAUUAAAUGGUGUUCCGUUUUUACUUGACUCUUAACGUUAACUCUUGAUCACCUUCUCUUUUUUUCUUUAUGAAGUCAACUUUUCAUGUUCCUUAUCUAAAUAUUUUUCAAAAGUGUUUAAAGGGAAACGUUUUGAAUUUUAAGUUGCAGCUUAUAACUUCUAGCCAUAGGUUAAAAUUCGUGACAAUAUCUGUCAAAACUGAUGUUCACCAUUAUUUUUCAGUGCAACUAAUUUGUUUGUUUCUUUAUAAUAAGAAUAAUAAAGGUCAAAAAUUUAUCUCUCCAAUUUUA